AUGCCUCCCUACCUUACCUACUUUACAGGCCAAGCCAGUUUUGGCUAUAUCUGCUUAACACCGCUGGGCUGCCCAGCCCAUGUGGAAAACGCACUGAAGAUGGCGUCCAUCUCAGUUCCCACGACGGCCCAGCUCUCAGGGUCGCUGCGGCUGCCCCCAGCUCAUGCGGUCACUAAAAAGCUCAUCUCCCGCCUCUCGCGGAAGUCCCUUGCAGAGCUCGCCCUCUCAUGGCUGGCCCAGUCAUCCGAUGCUUCAUUGUCUCCGUACCUCAGCCCCCAGGACCACGACGACAGCAUGUACGAGGCAUCGCAGUCCCUCGAGGCCCUGCGCGACAUCUACAGCAGCAUGCUCGAGUCCGGCAACAAGGGCAGCAAACAGGAGGCCGAGCUGCCGCCCGACGUCAAGACGCACUGCGCAUUCGAGCGCCACAAAGAGCUUGCCAUUCUCCUCUUAAGAAUAUUCAUCUUUGAUUCGCCCUACGGCACGAACCUGGUAGCCGGCGACUUGGUCCCGCCAAACUUUGAUACCUCCAGGACCGUCUACCUUGCCUUCCCAGACGCUUCCCCUUACGUGUACAUCAGCAACGCCACGACGGUUGCGGGCAGUGUCCCCAACAGUGACGCAAAGAGCCUGCGAGCCAUGGUCGUCGAGAGCGUCCCCAACGCGCUAUCGAGGCCGGGGGAGCGGUUCACGCUCAAGUCGACCAGCCUUUCGACAAAGAACCUGUCGGAAUUGGUUGAGAGAAGAGGUGGUGGCCGCACCAACGCGGCAGGUGGCGGGUGGGCCUUUUACGCCGACUUGCGGAGGAAGGAAAGCCCCUUGGACGUCAACUUGCCGACCCCACCGCUUUCGGAUGAGGAUGCGGAUGGCGGCGAGACGAAAAGAAAGGCCGGAUGGGAAUCUGAGGAACAAAAGGUCCAGAAAAGGCAGAGAUUGGUCGCGCUGGCGAGGUUUGGAGAGUCUGCCAAGAUUGACGACGGUCUAGGGGUCGAGAGAGUAGAUGUCGUGAUCGAAGACCCUUUUCCUUCGGCAGCAGACGGCGGCUCCAAUGCGCGGCCUUUGCAAGGAGGCAAGAGUAAACCUGAUCGCCGACAGAGCACGCUUGAUGCGGCACUCCAGCGGGAGGCGGAACUGCGCGAUGAAGAGGAAGAUCCAUCGGCCGAUCCGGGCUCAAGAUGGUGCCCGAGGAUCAAAUUGACAUUCCCGGGACACACGUGUUCGCGGGCAUAAGGCAACUGGUGGAGGCCGGCGCCAUAAAUGGGGAACGUAUGCCUGGUUGGAUGACGGGCGAGGAAGGCGUCACGAUUGGGGCUGUGAAACACGGUCGAAUAAGAGGGCACAAGGGGUCAGGUGUAUAACGGCCCGAGACUUUCUAUUGAUUUUGACGAUUUUGUUUAUCAUGACAGCAAGGAGUUGGGGCUUCUCUUUUGGGGCUUUUGAUUAUGGAUACCCGUACGCAUGAUGGCUCUGAAUAUAUUUCUAUGUCUAUGCAUCUACU